GCCACUUUUCUGCGUUGGUGGUUCUUGGGAAAUUAGAAGCUCUUCAAACACAUCUGCCAUGGCUACCUGCGGAGGAAGUGUUGAAAACGACAGCAGACCAAUCACUAAAGAUGCGGAGAACCCGUGUGAGACUGACUCUUCCAACAAAUUUGAUUUGAACCCACUUGAGGAGUACAAGAUGAACCACAAACGGCGAGGUCUGGCUCUCAUUUUCAACCAGGAGAAUUUUUUCUUUCGGCUGAAGUUGAGUAAAAGGACUGGAACAAAUGCUGACUGCGACAACUUGGAGAAACGGUAUCUCUCUCCCACUCUACUGCUGAGUGUCUUGAUGAAUAUGUCUGUUUCUUUAAAAGUAACUUUUUAUUUUGCAACAACCCACUUUUGUUUAUCAUAUAGACUCGAGGAGUUAAAUUUUGACGUCAAAACUUAUGAUGAUGAAGGCCAGAAGGAGGUCCUGAAUGCAAUCCAUGAAGCUGCUGAGGAGGAUCACUCUGAUGCCGACUGCUUUCUACUGGUCUUCCUGAGCCACGGCAAGGACAACUACGUUUACACCCACGAUGGCAUGAUCAACAUCCAGGACAUCAUACAUGCAUUCAGAGGAGACAACUGCCCAAGCCUCGUAGGAAAGCCGAAGAUCUUCAUUUUUCAGGCGUGUCGUGGAGACAAACCUGAUACUCCAGUGGUUGCAUCUGGGGCUACUGACCAUCAGGAGGUGAUUAAUAAGGUGGUGAUUGAUGCCAGUGCACUAAACACUCUUCCUGCAGCAGCUGAUUUCAUCAUGUGCUUUUCUGUGGCUGAAGGUUUCUUUUCCCUCCGAGAUACCAACAAUGGCUCCUGGUACAUCCAGGAUUUGUGCGAGCUACUUGAGAAGUACGGACAUCAGCUUGAGUUCACCGAGAUACUCACCCUGGUCAACAGAAAAGUGUCAAUGAGAAGUGUGAGGAUGCGUAAGCACCCAAAGGCUGUUAAACAGGUUCCUUGUUUUGCUUCCAUGUUAACCAAGAAGCUCUACUUCCGGUAAAAGUUACAGCUUCAGGUCACUGUUAUAAUGUCAACUGAUUUUAGCUUUAAAAAACAUGAUUUUAU